GCGACGGACCGGUAGGGGAGCUGACCCCGGCGGUUUGCUCCGCUCUGUGGAGGAGAGAUGGGGAGGCGCUGGGCCUGGGCUGAGGUAGGAAGGAGCCGGCCCCUCGAUGCCUCCCGCGACGCUAGUCCCUGAGCCGUGAUGCGAGCGUGGGUCCUACUCUCCGCGGUGCUCUGGCACCUCACUGGAGUUGGAUGGCAGCGUUCUUCUGAACGUACCGGGAAAGGCCUCAUUUAUGGCAAGCCCGGACACCCAGUGAAAAUAUAUGUAAAAUUACAUCACAGUAGCCCAAUCCUUGCCUGUAUGGAUUUUAAACGUGCUAAAAAAGAAACAGUGGACCCCACCUACUUAUGGAUUGGGCCUAAUGAAAAGCCAUUAACAGGAAAUAAUCAAAUAAAUAUAACUAAAACAGGAAAGCUGAUGAUGGAAGAUUUUCUGGAGGCUUUUUCUGGACUUUAUACAUGUACUCUUUCUUAUAAGACUGUCAAAGCGGAAACUCAAGAAGAAACGAUAGUAAAGCAGAGAUAUGACUUUAUGAUCUUUGCCUAUCGGGAACCUGAUUAUUCAUAUCAGAUGGCUGUACGUUUUACCACAACGUCUUGUGAAGGAAGAUACAAUGACCUGCUUUUUAGAGUGCUGAAGAAAAUCUUGGAUAAUUUAAUCUCUGAUUUAUCAUGCCAUGUCGUAGAACCAUCAUAUAAAUGCCAUUUUGUUAAAAUUCCCAAACAUGGCCUCAUGCAUGAGCUAUUUAUAGCCUUUCAAGUUAAUCCUUUUGCACCAGGGUGGAAAGGUGCAUGCAAUGAUUCUGCUGACUGUGAAGAUAUCACUAAUCAUAAUAUCCUCCAGGCAAGAAAUCGGAUAGAAGAAUUUUUCCGGAGCCAAGCAUAUAUUUACUACCAUGACUUUAAUAAAACUAUACCAGCUAUGCAUUUUGUGGACCACAGUUUUCAAGUAAUACGUAUGGAUAGCUGUCGUCCAGGCUUUGGAAAAAAUGAAGGUCUACACAGUAAUUGCGCUAGCUGUUGCGUGGUUUGUAGUCCUGGGACUUUUAGUCCUGAUGUUGAUGUUACUUGUCAGAGCUGCAUUUCCGUCCGUAUUUAUGGAGCUAAAUCUUGCACAUAAACUUCAAACAAAAAUCAUAUUAUGAAGACUAUAGGUGAAAGUAUUGUUACUUGCUUGUGGAGGUGGGGGACAUAAGAUAGUUUGUUCACAUCCCGGAGCAUCAGAGAUCCAUUAAAUAAGACCAAUAAGACCAAAACAUUGGAAA